AUGCUACCAGUCAUCGAGGAGAAGAGAAAAGCCCUGGCAGCAUACAAAGCCUGCCCUAACAAAUGGAACUUGCAAGUCCUCCGGACUGCCCGCAGCAAAGUUCAAAAGAGUGCCAGACGAUGCGCCAACGAAUACUGCCUCCAGCUCUGCUCCCAGAUACAGCCUGCAGUGGACACAGGCAACAUCAAGGGGAUGUAUGACGGCAUCAAACAAGCAAUGGGCCCAACCCAGAAGAAAAUCGCUCCCCUAAAGUCUGCAGCGGGCGAGGUAAUCCAAGACCGGACACAGCAGAUGGAGCGCUGGGAGCUUGAUAGUGAACCAACCCUGGAGGAACAUGACAAAACCCUGGACUCACUUGCACCGGGCAAAGCACCCGGGAAAGACGGCAUUCCUCCUGAGAUCUUGAAGUGCUGCAAAGAGACCCUCCUCAGCGAGCUGCACGAAAUCAUCUGCUUGUGCUGGAGAGAAGGUGAAGUGCCGCAAGAUAUGAGAGAUGCCAACAUCCUCACUCUCUACAAAAAAAAAGGAGACAGGAGUGACUUGCGGUUUUCGAGCCAAGAGGUCAACCAUCGACAUGGUCUUCUCCAUCAGACAGCUCCAGGAGAAAUGCGAGGAACAAAGGUAACAACUCUUCAUAGCCUUCAUAGACCUUCGGCCUUUGACCUUGUGAGCCGAGACGGCCUUUUCAAGAUUUUGCCCAAGAUUGGAUGUCCACCGAGACUCCUCAGCAUCUUUCAAUCUUUUCAUGAUGACAUGAAGGGCGCCGUUGUCUUUGAUGGGUCAACAUCAGAUGCCUUCGACAUCCGAAGCGGAAUGAUGCAGCAGUCACUGCCCACUCAGCUGAAGACCUCCAGCAGCUCAUGA